AUGGUGAGUAGGGAGACACUGUUGGCAGCAAACGGGGGACAUCGAGUCCUGGGGAGUUGCGAAGAGAAAAAAGAGAGGAGUCUUUGGCGCCGCGACUCGGCGCGGCCCAUAUAUCAACCUCCGUUUUCUACUUCGACACCUCUUCCAUGCUCCGCUUCUGUCCU